CUCACGCUUCAAUUUUAAAUCACUUCCUUGCUAGAUCCAGGCCUUCGUUGGCUUAGUUUUGACUCACGGGAUCUUUCAACAAGGCUAGCUAGCCUCUGGGCUCCCACUUCGAACGUCCACCUGCAACUUUAGGACUCCGAACCUGACUUCGUCAACCCCGCCGCCACAGGAACCGUUCCCGUCGGCACCCUACAUAAUACGCACGAGCGACUACAUUUCCCUCCACGAGAAGCUCAACCGACGAAAUGGCGCCAAAAAAGGGCAAGAAGAAGCAGCAGGACGAUGACUGGGAGGCCGAGCUCGGUGAGACAGUCACCACUGAGAACGAUGCUCUCGCCCAGGAAGUCAAGGCUGCAGAGGAAGCUGGUGCAGAGGAUGAUAUGGGCGGUGGCCUGAUGGCUGCCCUCCAAAGGCGUGGAAAGAAGAAGAAUAAGAAGGUAGCAAACACGGAAGUCGAGGGUGAAGACCCACCGGCAGCCAACGGCGGUGAUGACUUCGCGGACAAGGCACCUCAGGAAGCCAACUUUGAUGAUGACGACGAUGUCUUCGCCGGCAACUAUGGCAAGAAGAAUAAGAAGGGCGGCGCUGCUCAGAAGGAGGAGCCUGCGCCAGAGACACCACCUGCCGAGGCGCCGCGCAUGAAAACCAAAGCUGAGAAAGAGAAAGAGAAGAAAGAGAAGGAGAAGCAGCGAAAGAAGGAGAUGGCUGCGAAGAAAAAGGCUAGCGGUUCUGCGAAGCCCGAACCCGAAGCCGCCGAGGCCAAACCCGUCGAAGUCGUAGCCCCCACUCCUGAGCCUGCUGCUUCCACUACUGCUGCUGGUGGCAAAAAGAAGAAGGUCCCUGCAGCUUUGGCAGCUCUUCAGAAGCAACAAGAGGCGCUGCGGAAGCAACAGGAGGAGCAAGCUCGCCUCGAAGCCGAAGACAAAGCUCGCGCCGAGGAGGAAGAGAGGCUUGCUGAAGAGGAGCGCAAGCGCAAAGAAGAGGCAAAGGCUGCUAAGAAGCAGCGUGAAAAAGAGAAGAUCGAGCAGCUGAAGAAGGAGGGCAAAUACUUGACUAAGGCGCAAAAGGAAGCUAAAGCCAAGGCUGACUUGCGCCUGAAGCAGAUGCUCGAGAGCGGCGUAAAGGUUGCCGCGCUUGAAGGCGAGCCGGAAGCACCCAAGAAGCCCAAGUAUGACGACCGAAAGAAGAGGAAGCAGCAGCAGGAGCAGAAAGAGCGGGAAGCACGCGAAGCUGAGGAGGCUGCGAAGAAGCUCGAAGAGAUGAAGCUGGCUGAAGAGCAAGCCGCGGCAGCUGCUGCAGAGGCUGAGAAGGCCCGCGCCGAUGCUGAAGCCAAGAAGGGAGAAGACUCUGGUGACGACUGGGAAGCUCAGGCUGAUGAGAUGGACGGCGUCAAGGACAGCUGGGAUGUCGACACAGAUGAGGAAGAGGGGCAGAAUGCGGCAGAGAAGAAGAAGGCAGAAGAGGCCAAGACUGCAGCAGCGAAGGCCGCAGAUGCAGCACCUACACCAGCGGACAAGGCCGUUGCGAAGCCCGCUGCGACAGCUGCUGAUUCUGAUUCCGAGUCCGAGGAAGACUCCGACGAUGACAGCGAGGACGACUCUUCAGAGGACGAGCAAGGAACUGCAACACAGAGGGCUGAGGCUGCCCGCAAGCAGGCUGCUGCCGAUCGACGAAAGGAGGCUCACGAGGCUGCUCUGGCUCAGCGUUCCAAGGACAACCUGCGAUCUCCCAUUUGCUGCAUUCUCGGUCACGUCGAUACUGGUAAAACAAAGCUGCUCGACAAGAUCCGUCAGACCAACGUACAAGAGGGCGAAGCCGGAGGUAUCACGCAGCAGAUCGGUGCCACUUACUUCCCGGUCGAGGCUCUGGAGAAGAAGGUCGCAGUCGUCAACAAGGACCACAGCUUCAAGUUCAAUGUCCCCGGUCUCUUGGUUAUCGACACACCUGGUCACGAGUCUUUCACUAACUUGCGAUCUCGCGGUUCGUCUCUGUGUAACAUUGCUAUCCUGGUCAUCGAUAUCAUGCACGGUCUUGAGCCCCAGACUAUCGAGUCGAUGAAGCUGCUCCGUGGCAGGAAAACACCCUUCAUCGUCGCUCUCAACAAGAUCGAUCGUCUGUUCGGCUGGAAGAAGAUCGACAACAACGGUUUUGAGGACAGCUUCAACCUCCAGAAGCCAGCAGUUCAGUCCGAGUUUGAGGAGCGAUGGGCCUUUGUGCGCACUCAGCUGGCUGAACAGGGUUUUAAUUCUGAGCUGCACUUCAAAAACAAAAGCAUGUCUAAGUACGUCUCGGUGUGCCCUACCUCCGCGCACACCGGUGAAGGUAUUCCCGACAUGAUCAAGCUCAUCGUCAACCUUACCCAGAGCCGUCUUACCAACAACCUCAUGUACCUUUCUGAAGUCGAGUGUACCGUUCUCGAAGUCAAGGUCAUCGAAGGUCUUGGUACAACCAUCGAUGUCAUUCUGUCCAACGGUGUCCUCCACGAGGGUGACCGGAUAGUAGUCUGCGGUAAUCCCGAGCCCAUCGUCACCAAUGUGCGUGCGCUCCUCACACCUGCCGAGAUGAAGGAAUUGCGUGUCAAAUCGCAGUACGUACACAACAAGGAAGUCAAGGCCGCCAUGGGUAUCAAGAUUGCCGCCGAUGGCCUCGAUACCGCCAUUGCCGGAUCUCGCCUGCUCGUUGUAGGACCUGACGACGAUGAAGAAGACCUCAUGGACGAAGUCAUGGGCGACCUCGAGCACCUGCUUAGCAGGGUCUCCAAGACCGGCCGUGGUGUGUCCGUCCAAGCCUCCACCCUCGGUUCCCUCGAAGCGCUCCUCGAAUUCCUGCGCGUCUCCAAGAUUCCCGUAUCUACCAUCUCCAUCGGUCCUGUCUUCAGAAAGGACGUUCUCCGUGCUGGUAUCAUGUUAGAAAAGGCCAAGGAGUACGCAGUUAUGCUGUGUUUCGAUGUCAAGGUCGACAAAGAGGCGAAGGCAUACGCGGAGGAGAUCGGCGUCAAGAUCUUCGAGGCAGACAUUAUUUACCACCUGUUCGAUAAGUUUACAGCGCACAUGAAGCAGCUGGAGGAGCAGCGCAAGGAAGAGUCCAAGAUGCUUGCUGUCUUCCCUUGCGUGCUGCGCCCCGUCGCUGUCUUCAACAAGAAGGAUCCGAUUGUCAUUGGUGUCGAUGUUGUGGAAGGUAACUUGAAGAUGACAACGCCCAUCUGCGCCAUCAAAAAGAAUCCCGCCACUGGCGUCAAGGAGAUUAUCCAGCUUGGAAGAGUUACAUCCAUCGAGCGCGACCAUAAGCAAAUCCAAGUCUGCAAAAAGGGUCAACCCUCUGUUGCCGUCAAGAUCGAAGGCCCCAACCAGCCCAUGUACGGACGCCACCUGGAAGAAGAUGACACGCUGUAUAGCGCGAUCAGCAGGAAGAGUAUCGACACGUUGAAAGAGUUCUUCAGGAAUGACGUCAGUCAGGAUGAGUGGAAGCUGUUGAUUGAGCUGAAGAAGUUGUUUGACAUUCAGUGAGUAAAGUGAACGAUGCUAGAGGUGGAUUAGAGAUGGACGAGAGGAGGGAGGGGGAGAGACGUGUAUGAUGAAUUGAAGCACAUGGAUGAAUUGAAGCAGGUGGAUGCGCAUGGGCGUUUACAGCAUGGUCUGGCGUUCUGCGCAUAUCUCCACUAUACAGCGAAAAGGCUCUGUUAGUGUAU